AUGACACAAGAGAGGGAAAGCGACCUUGAUGGCACCGGGUAUUUGGAGGAGAUCAGUCUCAGUCUCGAUCCCGCACAAUGGUUCGUUUGGAGCAGUGAUGUAAGCUGUAUUCACGCUGCCUAG